AUGUCAUCAGUUAUGUUGAUUUUAAAUCGAACAUUGAAUUCAAUUAUGCUCAAAGAGAUUCCAUUUCUAACGCGACCCGAGCCACCUCGUAGCCGAUAUUCUGUCCCACAAGCGCCACCCUCAAGACAGCAGUUACCGAGACAAAAUUACGGUCCACCAACGCCUUCAGACAGUUACGGUCCUCCUACACAAGGUUAUGGUCCACCAUCAACGCCUUCAUCAUCUUAUGGACCGCCAUCAGAUCAACAAACAAUCACAAAAAAUGUUUAUGUUCAUCUUCCGCCUGAGGAUAUUGAUGACUAUCAACCUCCAAAAGUUAUUCAAUCUACAUUACCUCAAAAACAUUACAAGCUUAUUUUCAUUAAAGCUCCAGAGCCACCAAAACCUCAAUCACCUAUAAUACCUCCCCAGCCCCAAGAUGAACAUAAGACACUUGUUUACGUUCUGGUGAAGAAGCCUGACCCUCAACCAGACAUCGUUCUUCCAUCACCUGAUCCAACACCUCCAGCAAAACCAGAAGUUUACUUUAUUAAAUAUAAGAAGGAAGAUAAACCUGUGUACGGUCUCCCUAAGCCCGACUACGGUCCUCCCCCCAGUUCAGAAUAUGGUUCACCAUCACUUUGAAAAUAUUGAAGAUUAAUCACGUCAUGAGCCAUUUAAGAUUAAACAAACGAAGUGCAUUUCAUACUUAAUAUUCCUAAGUUGAUAUUAUUUGUAAAGAAAAUUGUUGACAAGAAGAAGUAAUAGCAGUAAUUGAUAUUUCUAAUUAAGGAUCGAGAAAUAAUGUCGCAACGGUCUAACAGCAAACACAGCAAGACGUCACGGAUGGUAUCCUUUGUAAAUAUUAAUUUUUCAUUUCCCUCCAUCUCAAAACUUUCUUCUUCCUUUUACUUCUUUGUUCUCUCAUUCUACUUUCUUCGGUCGCUAAGCUUUUAUCUAAGCUCAUAUUAAUUCUAAUGGAAAUUUCCCUCAACUUCCUUUUUUCUGCCAUUUCCUCUCUCAUGAUUGUUCCAUGUGAAAACAUAGAAUUAUGCAAUAAAAUUAAUAUUUCAUUUGUUUCUUUUUUCAUACCGAAACAUACUUAUAAACAUAAUACAAAACUUUGUCAUUGGGAUAUGAUUGUUGGGGUGGACGAG